UUUUCUUCCUUGCGACCUUCUCCUCGUCAGUGACUAACUGUCUUACCUAUCGUCUAUCUUCCAUCUAAUCAUACCUUAUUGAUUAAAACCAGAUGCGCUUCCAGGGCCUGAUCCCCGCCCUCCGCAUCUUCGCACUACCCCUCCGAUCGCACUCCGCCCGUGCCCUCCAGCGACCUCCUCUCCCCAUCCCCAGCGCGACUGUCCUCAAAGCCGGUCCUACUAUCCCCUUCCUCGGCGCAUUAUUCGGCUCUAGCGCGAAAACCGACUCCCAGUCCAACAACAUGUCCUAUCCCGACCAGCGCAGUGACGAUGCUUGGCAAGCUGUGCUAAGUCCUGAGCAAUUCAAAAUUCUCCGCCAAAAGGGCACAGAGCGACCCUUCACGGGCGAAUACGAUGCUCACUACCCUUCCCAGGGAGUCUAUAACUGCGCGGGAUGCGAUGCGCCGUUGUACAAGGCAACACAUAAGUUCAAGUCGGGAUGUGGGUGGCCUGCGUACUUUGACUCCAUCCCCGGAGCGGUUACAAGACAUACGGAUCGGUCAUUUGGAAUGGAGCGCACGGAGAUUGUGUGUAGCAACUGUGGGGGACAUUUAGGACAUGUAUUUAAGGGAGAGGGAUAUCCGACUCCGACUGAUGAGAGACAUUGUGUGAAUAGUGUUAGUUUGCGGUUUAAGGAGGAUGAAGGCCAGGGGAAGUGAAAAGGGGUUGGGUGGAAGGUUAAUAGGGAAUUUUCGGUGUAGAAUACUGUAGUUGUAUGAUGAAGAGAUGAAGAGAUGAGACGAAGAUGCAUAUGAAUAU